AUGCCUCGUGGUCAGAAGAGUAAGCUCCGUGCCCGUGAGAAACGUCGCCAGGCCCGAGGUGAGGCCCAACUUGAGGCCCAAGGUGAUACCCACAGUCUUGAGGGUGCUCAGGCCACUACAGGAGAGGAGAAGGGGUCUCCCUACUCCUCCUCUCCUCCUCUUGGGAGUUCUCCCCAGAGCUUCCCUGCUGCUGGCUUUCCCCAGGGGCCUGAGAGAGUCCCACCCAUCACCACUGAUGCCGCCUGGGUGUCCUGCACAAGAGCUGGUGAAGGUGCAGAGGGCCAAGAGGAGGGAAGUUCAAGUUCCUCUCAGGCCCCACCCACCACUGAGAGCUCACAAAGAGAUCCUCUCCGCAAGAGUGUGUGCAGGUUGUUGGACUUUCUGCUGGAGAAGUAUAAAACCAAAGAGCCCAUUUCCAAGGCAGAAAUGAUAAAGGUCAUCAACAAAAAGUUCAAGGAGCAAUUCCCUGAGAUCCUGAGGAGAGCCUCUGAGCGCAUUGAAGCAAUCUUUGCCCUUGACCUGAAGGAAGUCAACUCCAAGGGUCAAUACUAUGCCAUUGUCAGCAAAUGGGAAAUUAGCAAGGAAGAGAGUCUCUGUGGUAGCAGUGGGUUUCCCAGGAAUGGCCUCUUGAUGCCUCUCCUGGGCUUGAUCUAUGUGAAAGGCAAGCGGGCAGCUGAAGAGAAGGUCUGGGAAUUCCUGAAUGUUUUGGGUGUCUAUGAUGGAAAGAGGCAUGUAAUCUUUGGGGAUCCCAGGAAGCUCAUCACCAAAGAUUUGGGUAAGGGUAUAGUUUUGCGGCAGGAACCCCAGGCUCUGAUUCGCAUCAAGUGCCGGAAUGUCCGGCCUCUGAGUGGAGCGGCGCAGAAUCUCCACAUCGCAGCAGAGUCCCGGGAUUGCUCAGGAUUCAAGGGGCCUGAGAGAGUCCCACCCAUCACCACUGAUGCUGCCUGUGUGUCCUGCACAAGAGCUGGUGAAGGUACAGAGAGCCAAGAGGAGGGAAGUGCAAGUCCCUCUGAAGCCCCAUUGCCCACUGAGAGCUCACAAAGAGAUCCUCUCCGCAGGAGUGUGUGCAGGUUGUUGGACUUUCUGCUGGAGAAGUAUAAAACCAAAGAGCCCAUUUCCAAGGCAGAAAUGAUAAAGAUCAUCAACAAAAAGUUCAAGGAGCAAUUCCCUGAGAUCCUGAGGAGAGCCUCUGAAUGCAUUGAGGCAGUCUUUGGCCUUGACCUGAAGGAAGUCGACUCCAAGGGUCAAUACUAUGCCAUUGUCAGCAAAUGGGAAAUUAGCAAGGAAGGGAGUCUCUGUGGUACCAGUGGGUAUCCCAGGAAUGGCCUCUUGUUGCUUCUUCUAGGCUUGAUCUAUGUGAAAGGCAAGUGGGCCACUGAGGAGAAUAUCUGGGAAUUCCUGAAUGUUUUGGGUGUCUAUGAUGGAAAGAGGCACGUAGUCUUUGGGGAUCCCAGGAAACUCAUCACCAAAGAUUUGGUGGAAAAAAAGUACCUAGAGUACCAGCAGGUGCCCAACAGUGAUCCUCCACGCUAUGAAUUCCUUUGGGGUCCCAGAGCCUAUGAUGAAGCCAACAAAACAAAAGUCCUGAAAUUUUUGGCCAAGGCCAGUGAUACGAAACCCAGUGCCUUUCGAGCCCUGUAUGAAGAAACUUGGAGAGAUAAGGAAGAGAGAGCUGCAACUGAGGAUGGUCCUCUUGUCAGUGCCAGGGCCCAUUUCAUGGCAAAGUCCAGCAGGCCCUCCCCAUCUCAUGAAAUUUGA